AUGGAAACCGCUUUAAAUAUAGCCCUGGGCCUCUCCGAUGCCUCCAAACCACGGGAAGAGCGGGAUCUUCUAGAAAUAUACCCUGAUAUCGACGAAACACGCCUCCUAAACGUGUUUGUAGUGGCCCACCUGUCACAAUCGAUGCAACUGUACCAAGAUCGACUACUACAAACCAACCCACUAAUGGGAACGCUCAAAGAGCCACAAUUCCGCCAGGUAGAGUCCAGCACGAAGGAACGGCCGACAGAGUAUCACGUGAGUCGCAUAAUCGGGGACUACGGGUUUGUGGACCUACACUCCAAGCGUCUGCUCUAUAACUACAAACCACACUACCACCGGCCUUUCCAAACCAACCAAACCGAAACCAUUUCGGAAGUGAUCCGCCACAAAAAGAAGCAGGCUGAGUAUGAUAUGGACGAGCAGGACCUGUUGUACCUCGAGCAUCGUAACCGGCAACCGGAGAACACUCUCGAUUUGAGUCCAGAGGUGUUUGAGAUCGCGAUGACCAUCCUUGAGAACUUGUGGAUGGACCUUGAGAGCCAGAUGAAGUCACUUGCAGGCGAUGAGGAGACUAUGGCGAUAGAUCUCGACCUCGAUGGAGGGCUGAACAUCAACAAGUACGGUCACGACGACGGGAUAGUGUUUGGGACCGUUGACGAUCAGAAAUGUGCUGUUUGUAACGACAGUGAUGGAGACAACACCAAUGCGAUUGUAUUCUGCGACGGGUGCAAUAUAGCCGUGCACCAGGAGUGUUAUGGGGUGGCAUUCAUCCCCGAAGGCCUGUGGUUAUGUCGGAAAUGUAUGAUCAACCAGCACAAGCAGUUUGACUGUUGCUUUUGUCCGAGCAAGACAGGAGCAUUCAAGCAGCUCGACAACUCAUUGUGGAGUCACGUGGUGUGCGGCCUUUGGAUCAACGAGUUGUACUUUGCCAACCCGAUCUACUUGGAGCCAAUCGAGGGAAUUGACCUGAUCCCCAAGAGCAGGUGGAAGCUCACAUGCUAUAUCUGCAAACAAAAAAUGGGAGCAUGCGUCCAGUGUUCGAACCGCAGCUGUUUCCAAGCGUACCACGUCACCUGUGCCAAACGGGCUCAGUUAUAUAUGUCGAUGACCAAAGGGUUUCUCGCUGCUGUCAAGGAUAAACUGACUCUAAAGUCGUUCUGUGAUAAGCACACUCCUACCGAUUACAUUCUAACCCAAAAUGAGAUCAUCGACGGCAUCAACAAAGCACGGGUUUAUUUCCGAGAUUUGACGUUGUUGAACCUUGAGAAGGAUAAGCUUGACCGGAACAAGCAGCUCAACAAUAAGUUGAACAUGUUCAAGUGGAAAACCGAAAGUAAUACCCCAAUAGCUCCACGACGGUUCAGUCAAGUACUUUCUGCUAAGCUUUUCGAGAUGAAGUUGGAUUCAAUAGACGAUAACGGCAAUUUAGGAAUCCUCCGAGGAUUGGGCAAUAAACCCACGAGGACCAAGGAACUGUACCUUGCUGAACUUGAACAAAUGAGUAACGAUAUCUGCAGGUAUUGGUGUUUAAAACGGGAAUCCAAGAAUGGAGCCCCGUUGAUCCGCAAGAACAACAACUUGAUCAACACGUCGUCAAUUCUCUACGGCAGCAAUACGCUCCAAGAGGUGCAAGAAAAACUCGAUUUCGGCAAGACCCUCGUGGCGGACCUAGAAAAGGUAAUUCAUCUCAGUGACUUAAGCUUGCAUAGACAGUAUAUACAACAACAGCUCAUGCUUGCUGACCAGCACUUGAUGCAAACGUCCUUUUUCCCUGUGUCACAGCUCAUUCGUAUCAUUUUACAGGAGCUCACCAAACGGUACGACUCAAAAAAAGUGCUUACCAAUUGGAAAAGCCGGAUCAGUGACGUGAGCCUCAAAAAUAUUUCAAACCUUAAUGAUCAACUCCAGAUCCAUAGCGUGGCCCAGUUGCAAAAACAUUUGAACGAGCUCAACCAGCUUGUUGUGCUGGAAAACAAACUCACUAAUAAUGUGGUCAAGGUAUGUGCCCGUUUCUACAACGGCUUCGCCGCCAAGUACCAAGACUAUAUCGAGGUGGAAGCUGACCUAAAGCAGCUUCCGGCACCAGUGCAUCUCACUGCUGAAAAGGUGACGUUGGUCGACGAUCUAGAUUAUAGUGACCUCAGUGAGGUGGAUCCUUUGGACGAGGGAGCGGAGGAUAAGUUGGUGGCCUUUUUGGGUAAUGGUAAGCAGCGGCGGUGGUAGAUCGAUCACUGAAUUAAGGAUCUGGUUGCGAUUAGGUUGUUGCAACACGCAGUGGAUAGGAGGCACGGGAACUCCCACCGCCGGCAGGUGAUAUACGACAAGUUUAAAUUUUACCUAAUUCACCGAUAAUAUGUAUACAGGUGCAUAUAACUUGAAAUACAUUGCACAAAGCUUCCAGCCCCUAUAAACUAAAGAAUGGAUCCGGCCGGCUUAAUUGGGAAAUAUAAAUGUCAAAACUGGAGCCACUCUACUGUAACUUCUAAAACUAGAAACAUAGAAACGUAUUGUGUGCACUUUUGAAACUCUAGCGCCCUGCCACCGAACUAGGAGAUGCACUCCCACUUCCGACGUUAUAGUUUGAUGAUUCGGUACCUGUCGGUUCCACAAAAGUUUUUCGGGGUCCUCCAACCAUUCAACAAUGUAUUCAAUGGCCCACACCGGUUGGCGGGCACUGUGGUAAAAUUAUCCUUUUUGUGCACCACAAAUAAGCAUGAAAUACGUAGGUACCCCUUUAACCAGUGUUCUGUUGUCCCCGCGGAUCUGCAGUAUUUGAGGCCGGAACGACAGGGCCAUAUGGAUUUGUCGCAUCUCAG